AUGAGGGGAUUCCGCGUACCUCGUCGUCAGAGUGGUAGAGCAUCCACUGCUGUGGAGGAGCAAGUGGUUCAGGUUGAGGUGGCUGAGGUUGAGGAGGCGGUGCUAUAUGUUGGGAAGGUUGAGGUUGAGGUGGAUGAUGAUCAGAUAGGUCAAGAGCGGGUGGUGCAGAAUACAGACACCACCACUGGUGCAUCUACAGAGCCAUCAGUACACACUGAUGGAGCUUUGCCCAGAGGACCUUCUGACAGGUCCGUGUUGAUGGGAUACACUGACCAUGUCGCUUAUAGGAUAUGGCAGGGCGAGGACCGACCAGUGUUGAAGGUCGCUUCUCACGGGUCGAAGUUGAAGAACUUCCCCGAGAGACCGAUGCUUAAGCAAGCGAGGAGGAUAGUUAAGGACUUCCAUCUAAUGGACUUUGCUGGAUGCUCCCUGACGAUGCUGGACGCCUCGCUGUUAUCAGCUUUUGUUGAGAGAUGGCACCCGGAGACAUCAUCCUUCCAUCUUCCAUUUGGGGAGAUGACGGUGACUUUGGAUGAUGUGGAUGCCCUAUUUCACUUUCCGAUUGCUGGGAGGUACCAUGCUGUCGUUAAAGUGUACAUGCUACGUCUAGUGGUGUGUAGUCUCUUUGUGGACAAGUACGGAGUUUAUAUAGAUGCCUGUUAUCUCUCUCUAUUCAGCACCCUUGACACCCCAUGUUGGGCUUGGGGAGUGGCGGAAUUGACGAUGUUGUACAUGGUGCUAGAUGCUACAUCUCGUCCUGACACGAGACAACUUGCUGGUUACCCGAGCUUGUUACAUUGUUGGAUCUACGAGUACUUCCCUCACAUAUGUGAGCGGAAGAUCCAACGUGUUAUGGCUGUUGACCCAUGUGCGAAGAGGUGGAAGGCCAAACAGGCCAUUCCAGGAGGGUUGAUUGAGUACAGAUGGAGGCUGGAUGCUCUGACGCUGGAUGAUGUCAUUUGGACACCGUAUACAAGUCACCGCUCUCAUCGUCCUUUUAAUGUGUCUUCCUUAUAUUCAGGGUAUGUCAGAUGGGAGAGCCAUGUGGCUAGACACUUGCCUGAGAGGUGUCUACGACAGUAUGAGUCACAUCAUCAGCUCCCCCGUGAGAUCAUUGAUACAACCGUUGAGGUUCAGCAGCCCAGGCAGUGCGAGGAUGGAUAUCUAGAGUGGUUCCACGAUGUGUCACACCCUAGAGUCAUACCACCUGCCGCAUCAUCAGAUAUUCCAGGGCCUUCACGUACCAGGGAUUCUUCCGAUCCAUCACCACCACCACUUCCACCUCCCGUAGGUGACCAGGACAGCCGCCUACAGUUCAUCGCCGUUCACUUAGAUAGCCUCAUGGGUUUGGUGAACCCUGAUGGUGAGGUUUAUACUAUUUUAGCUAGGUUGACUGAUGUUGCCCGUGGAGGGCCUAUGUAG